AUGAUGAUCGUGGCGGCCAUCUUAAUAUUGUUCUUUAACAUCAUAUUUUCCGGCGAGGCUCAAUAUUCCGGUACUGAUUCUAUUUAUCAAGACGGCUCCGGCGCCGGCGCCGGUUUCCAGCCAAGUCUAGCAGUUGUAAUCGCGGUUCUCUCUAUAAUGUUCUCGUUAACUUUCUUACUUCUCAUAUAUGCAAGAUUCUGCCACCGUGGAUCCACGUCAUCAAUACAUGAAGAACAUGAAAACAGGGCAGCCACCUUCAUCGGACGGUCAGCUUCUCGGUUUUCUGGGAUUGAUAGAACUGUCAUCGAUUCACUUCCAUUCUUCAGGUUUUCUUCACUUAAGGGUACGAGGGAAGGACUUGAAUGCGUGGUUUGUUUGUCGAGAUUUGAAGAAAGUGAGAUUCUUCGAUUAUUACCCAAGUGUAAACACGCUUUUCAUAUCGCUUGUGUUGAUCAAUGGCUUGAGAAACAUUCGAGUUGUCCUUUGUGUAGACAGAAAGUCACAAUUGAUGAUCUUAGUAUCUUCACUUAUAAUAAUAAUAAUUCCAAUAGUUUGAGACAAGAUUCCUCUUUAGAAUUGUUUGUCGAAAGAGAAUCGACUGAUAGUCAACGUAUAGGAUCGAACAGAUUUAGUUUGGGUGGUAGCUUCAGAAAGAUGAUGAAUAAAGAGAAAGGUAUUAAUAGUUCUGUAAAAGAAGAUGAAAAACCGAUUCAAGAAGAGGAUGAUGAUAAAUUCAUGCAUAGAUUCAAUCAUAGGAUUGUUGUGAAUGAUUUCGUACUUAAGAACAGAUGGAGCAAUGUGAGUUCAUCUGAUUUGAUGUUCUUGAAUUCUGAAAUGAUUGGAGCAAUGUCAAGCAAUAGAUUUUCUCAAUUGGAAUUAUCAAACAAGGAAGUAUUAUCAUCAGCAUCAGCCAUUGAUGAUAAUCAUAAUCAAAGCAUGAGUAUAAAAGAAGAGAUGGGAAGGAAAAGGGAGUUUGAGAUUAAGUUAAACAAGAUGAAUUAUCAUCAAUUACCAGUUUCGCGAAUUGAAGAUGAGAAAUCGAAGAUUGUGUCAGCUGACGAGAAACGAUCAAUGUCUGAGAUUGUUCAUCCGAGAUUUAGAGAUUUGAAUUUGAUGAAGAAUUAUUAUGUUAAGGAAUCAUCACCAUCAUCAUCUGCUAUUAAUUAUUGUGAAAGUAGUAGUAGCAGUAAUGUUAAUGGUAGGGAGGAAGAAGAGAGGAGGAGGAGGAUUUGGUUGCCGAUUGCUCGAAGAACAGUUCAAUGGUUUGUUAAUAGAGAAGUUAGAAGAUCUCCUCAACAUAAUUCAUUGAGUUCUAAUUUGAAUGUAUAG